AUGUCUCGUCAAUACAUAAAGUUUCCUUCUCAAGCAGAAGUAUGCUCUGUGAUGGAUGGUUUCAACACACUGGCUGGAUUUCAUGGAGUCAUUGGUACAGUGGAUUUCACUCACAUAAGGAUUAAGGCACAGUUUGAAAAUGGUGAAAUACCAGUCGGUCACUUACUAGGAGAUAGUGGCUAUGCAUGCAGACCUUACUUAUUGACACCACUUUCAAAUCCACAGGGUGUGGCAGAGCACCGAUAUAAUAGGUCUCACAUUACAUCAAGGAACACUGUGGAGAGACAAUAUGUGAGUACAGUUGUCUUGCAUAAUAUUGCAAGGAGCACAAGCAAGGAAGAGCCACCAAAAGAUACAGAAAUUAUGCAGCUGCUGUGGCUAUUACGUAGUGAGAGGGGCCCGAUAUCGACGAUAAUGAGCCAAUGCCUCCUGCUCAAUAAAUGUAUCGGGAUGACACAUUACCAGGACGAGCAGUUCACACUAUAG